AUGAGUUUUGGCUUCAGUGUUGGUGAUUUUCUGGCGGUCGUGCAACUAGCAAAUGACUUGGGAGGCCGCUUUGCGCAAGCACCGAGGGAGUACAAAGCUAUCAAGGAGGAGGUCGGGUCUCUUAUUUUUGCACUCAACGGCAUCAGCGGCCUUGAUGAAGAGGAAUUCGAUGACCAACAGAAACAUGGUGUCAACCAAGUCAUCCAGAGCUGUGACAUUGUUCUUCAGGAUCUUGACUCUAGGCUACAAAAAUUCCACAUUUUGGCAAAGGACUCAACUCCAGACUGGACGGGCAGAAUGCGCCAGGCGUGGACAAGGAUCCGAUGGAACCAAGCAGAGAUCAAUCAGUUUCGUUCUCGAAUCGUUUCCAAUAUUUCUCUGCUGAAUCUCAUUGUAGGGAAUACCAAUCAGCAUGGAAUACAAACUCUUAACCAGAGACAAGAAGAUCAUGAACGCGACAAAAUUCUGACUUGGCUGAGUCCAGUGAGCCCAUCAUUACGGCAGAGCGAGGUUUUUAAUUCUCAUCAAAAGGGGACGGGAACUUGGCUGCUGAAAACAGAGGACUUCCAGCGAUGGAUCGGCAGUCAAGAGCAGAUUCUAUUCUGCCCUGGGAUCCCUGGCUCUGGGAAGACAGUCCUUUCAUCAAUCAUCAUUGAUCAUAUAGAGCAAAUGUUUCCCAAUCAAGACGACGUUGUGAUCACAUAUCUGUUUUGUGAUUAUCGGCAGCAACAUACACUUGUUGACCUCUACUCGGCUCUUUUGAGACAAGCUGUACAACGAAAAAGCUCGAUACCCGAGAGAGUCAGAUCAUUUUACAAAAAGUACUCAGCAAAAUCGGCUACUCCUUCGAAGGAUGUGAUCCUCGAUGAAUUGCGAUAUGUGCUCGCUUCGUGCGCAAGAGCCUUUAUCAUAAUCGAUGCACUUGAUGAAUGUCCAAUUUCCGAUGGUAACCAUGCUGUUCGCCAUUCAUUCCUCCGCGAGCUUCUUCGGUUGCAGAAUGAAGAAGGAUUUAAUCUUCUUGCAACUUCCCGACAGGACCAGGAAAUCGCAGCCCACUUCGAGGGCUCUGCUUCUGUGGAAAUACAGGCGAGCAGUGAAGACAUCCAGUUCUAUGUUGACGUCCGUUUGGAUGAUCUUCCGUCUUUUGUUCGAAAAAGAGAGAAAUUGAAAGAGGCAAUCAAGGACAGUAUCACAGAAGCAGCCAAAGAAAUGUUCCUUCUUGCUCGGCUUUAUUUCAAUCUUCUCUUGGAUGAAUCGAACGAAAAAGGGAUUCGAAGAAUGCUUGAAGAGUUCCGCACUGGUUCUCACGCUGGCUCUCAGUCUAAGACUUAUGAUUAUGCCUAUAGUGAGACCAUGAGUAGAAUCGAGCGUCAAGGGGCUAAUGCUUCGGGUCUUGCAAAGAAAACAAUCGGAUGGAUCAUAAACGCCAAAAGAAAUCUGACUACCGCUGAACUCGAGCACGCGCUGGCGAUUGAGCUUGAGACUUCCGAAUUCGACGACACAAAUAUCACGGACAUUGAGCAAUUGACUUCGUAUUGCUGUGGUUUAGUUCUUGUCGACGAACAAACGACCGAAGUAAAGCUUGUCCACUACACCACCCAGAAGUACUUUGAAAACACCCUGAAGAGUUGGUUCCCCGAGGUUCUUGACCAUAUCACGGACUGCUGUUUGACAUACCUCUCAUACGACGUAUUUGAGGAAGAUCGAUUUGAGGAAAAAGAAGAAGUCAAAAAAAUCCCAGAAGAAUACCCAUUUUACUCUUACUCUUCUCUGAACUGGGGACAUCAUUUCCGGGAAGCGCCUGGAGACCGGUCGAUACUCCUAAAAUUCCUUUGGAGUGAAGCGAAAUUAACAGGAUAUGACCGCUGCGGUUUUGAGCCUCUGGAUUGGAAACCCGAUCCUAAAACGAGCGGAAUAAAAGCAGAACAUAUUGCUGCCUUUUUUAACCUGGAUCAUCUGAUGCAAGAGCUACUUGAGACAAGCCCAGACAAUUUGAACAUUCAAGACUCGAGUGAACAUACGCCCUUGUUCAUCGCUGCACGUCACGGGCAUGAAUCAGUGGCCAAGUUGCUUCUGAAUAUGGGCGCCAGGGUUGAUCUCCCAGAUACGGAUGGCAAUUCGCCAUUACAUGCGGCUGCAGAUCAAGGCUCUACGAGGGUAGUCCAGAUGCUCCUGGAUAAAGGCGCCGACAUUGAAAUGAAAAAUUCGAAAAAAGAGACCCCAUUAUACGUCGCCGCAGGCAAGGGCCAUGACAUUGUGGUCACGCGGCUUUUAGACAGAGGCGCUAAUGUCGACGCUAAGGACGAUAAUGACAGGACUGCAUUGCAUGCGGCUUCGCUGGGGGAUCAUGUGGCGAUAGUCGAGGUGCUUCUAAGCAGAGGCGCCAACCUCGAAAGCAAGACGAAGAAUGGUGACGUCCCGUUACAUGAUGCAUCAUUAAACGGCAAUCUGAAAGUCGUCAAACUGUUCUUGGAAAAGGGUGUAAGCCCCGAAAUAGCCAACGACGAAGGCGAAACACCACUACUUAAGGUUUCCGAUUAUCUUCUCUACGAAUUGGUUAACCACGAAGAUCUCGAUGCAACAUUCAAGCUUCUCCUAAACAAGGGUGCCAACACUGAAGCCAAGAGUAAGCAUGGGGAAACUCCACUGCAUCGAACUGCAGAAAGAGGCUGGGAGGCACCGGUGAAGCUUUUAUUAGACUAUGGAGCCAACAUCGAAGCCAGAACCAACGACAGCAUGACCCCAUUACACCUGGCUGCCCAGAAAAAGAGGGUGGAAAUUGUCAGAAUGCUCCUCGACCGUGGAGCUAGAGUUGAUUUCAUGAGUCGAAGCAGACAAACACCAUUGCAUAUCGCAGCCACCACAGGAAAUGAGGCCAUAGUUACAAUGCUGUUAGAUAAGGCCGCCAUCGUCAAUGUCUUUGAUCGAUUUGGGUGCACUCCAUUAUUCUGGUCCUCCUUGAAUGGCCACGAGACCGUGUCAAGGCUGCUCUUAAACAAGGGUGCCAAUCUCAACCCUCCAAGCUCUGGACCCCAACGGUUACCCUCAGCGACCACUGAGGGUGGCCACGAUGUGGCUUUGAAGGCUUUACUCGAAAAAGAGAACAACCCUGAACAAUUCAAUGUUUAUCAUCGAACUGCUUUUCACAUGGCGAGUGCCGGGGGGCACAUAUCGAUGGCAAAACUUUUGCUCUCAGCUGGAGCAAAAGUAGACAUCCCAGAUCGAUAUGGAAGAACUCCAUUGUUUGAUGCUGUCUGUGGAAGCCAUUCAGACAUGGUUCAACUGCUCCUCGGCUUGCCAGAUGUUGACAAAUGCCGUCCCGACAUCUGGGGGCUCACCCCUGCUCUCGAGGCCCAGAGGAGAGGGUUACACGAGAUAAACCGGCUCCUCAAUAGCAAAAAUGUGGAAUCAGGUGUGGAAUCAGGUGUGGAAUCAAGGACAGAAUCAAGUGCGGAACCAAGCGCGGAACCCCAAUCCACGGAACAGAAACGCUCUCGAUUUUGUGAUAUUUGCCUCAGAGGCCUUUUGGAGGGAGAGGAGUACUAUUCGUGUGACUAUUUUCACACAUGCAAAUUCUGCCCCCCUUUGCAGACCAAAAGCUGUCCACUGUGCGGAAAUGAGCUGGUGAAAGCGAUCUACAGACUUCCCACGACCUCAUUCGCGGAACUGUUCGAAUCGUGCGUGUGCAUGUAA